AUGGACGAGCCCACCGUAGCCCCGCAGAGUGACCCCAUCAGCACCAAGCCUAAGAAAGCAGCAGGUGCCUUCCAGCUCGGGACGCAGUCCUGGAUCUUUAACCACAGCGGAGAGGAGACCUCGCCCCCAUUUCUGACCGAUGCUUGGCUGGUGCCGCUCUUUUACGCCCUCAUCAUGUUGCUGGGUCUGGUGGGGAAUGGCCUGGUCAUCUAUGUCAUCAGCAAGCAUCGCCAGAUGCGCACAGCCACAAACUUCUACAUUGCAAAUUUGGCUACCACUGACAUCAUAUUCUUAGUGUGCUGUGUUCCUUUCACUGCCACUCUCUAUCCCUUGCCCAGCUGGGUGUUUGGCGACUUUAUGUGCAAAUUUGUCAACUAUUUACAGCAGGUGACUGUCCAGGCCACCUGCAUUACUCUGAUGGCUAUGAGUGUGGACCGCUGCUAUGCUACACUGUACCCACUGCAGUCAUUGCGUUAUCGAACUCCCCAGGUAGCCAUGUCCAUCAGCUUUGCUAUUUGGAUUGGUUCCUUCAUUCUCUCCUUGCCCAUGGCUAUCUAUCAUCGUACUGAAAAUGGCUACUGGUAUGGUCUACGUACCUACUGCAUUGAAGCUUUCACAAGCAAGAGCCAGGAGCGCAGCUUUAUCCUCUACACUUUCCUGGGUGUUUAUCUAUUGCCACUUCUCACUAUUUGCUUCUGCUACACCGUCAUGCUCAAGCGCAUUGGACGUCCUGUGGUUGAACCAGUAGACCAUAAUUACCAGCAAGUGCAACAUCUCUCUGAGCGCUCAGCUGCCAUGCGAGCUAAGAUUUCCAAGAUGGUUGUAGUGAUCGUACUUCUUUUUGCCAUUUGCUGGGGUCCUAUCCAGUUCUACCUGCUUUUUCAGGGCUUCUAUCUCCAUUUCCAGGCGAACUAUGAAACCUAUAAGAUUAAGACGUGGGCUAACUGCAUGUCAUAUGCUAACUCUUCCCUCAACCCUAUUGUUUAUGCUUUCAUGGGAGACAGUUUCCGCAAAUCCUUCAAGAAGGCGUUCCCCUUCCUCUUCCGCCAGCGUAUACGGGACAAUGGCAUGCAUUCAGGCUCCCAUAACGCAGAGAUGAAAUUUAUUACGGAAGAGACCUAG